AUGGUGGAGCAGUCGGACCGAGCCCCGCUGCUGGACUGCGAGGAGAUCCCACCGCCCGACCCGAACCGCGCGGCCCGGCCGCCGCCCGAGCCGCAGCGGCAGGACGACACCGCCGCGGCGGACAAAUGGACACCGACGUCCGGCUCGGGGUGGAGCGGCGCCGUCCCCGCCGCCGUCCCCACCGUUCCCACCGCCGUUACUUACAGCCCCACACGGAACAUCACUGCUGUGGUUGUGAGCAGGGACAAGCCGGCCGGGGGCGGCUUCACCCGCCCGCAGCCUCCCGGCUCCAGCCUCCCCUUCCCCGGGGUCACGGCGCGGGGUCAGUGGGAGGAGAAGGACCAGAUCGUGGCAGUUUUUGUGGUGACCUUUGAUACCAGAUCAGGGAAUAUGGUGGAGUGGUGUCUGCCUCAUGACGUCAACCUGGACGGAGUGGAGUUCAAGUCCAUGGCCAGCGGCUCCCACCGUAUCACCAGUGACUUCAUAUAUUUUCGUAAAGGGAAAUACUUCGGGCUGGCCUGCUUUGCCAACAUGCCAGUGGAGAGCGAGCUGGAGCGCGGAGCGAGGAUGAAGUCCGUGGGAAUCCUGUCUCCGUCCUACACUCUGCUGUACCGAUACAUGCACUUCCUGGAGAACCAAGUCAGACACCAGCUGCACUGUCCAGGCCAGUACUCACCACUGGAGGCUUUUUACGAGGAUAAGAAGGCGGUUCUGCCGCCGACAGGAAACGGGUUGGUUCCGUUGUGCCCAACCUGGACCGUCUCCGCCAUAAACCGCUGCAUGCACCCAGAGAUGAAGAUCACCCACCCGGCUGGCUGCAUGUCCCAGUUCAUCCAGUUUUUCGGCGAGCAGAUCAUGGUGCUGUGGAAGUUUGUUCUGCUCCGGAAGCGGCUCCUCAUCUUCUCUCCUCCACCCAUAGGCGUGGUCUGCUACCGGGUGUACUGCUGUUGCUGCCUGGCUAAUGUUUCGAUCCCUGGAAUCGGUGUUUCUGUGCCUGAAUUACGGCCAUUUUUCUAUAUCAACAUUGCUGACAUCAGCACCUUGGAAACAGAGUUUUCAUACGUUGCUUGCACCACAGAGAAGAUUUUUGAGGACAAGAAGGAUCUGUAUGAUGUCUACAUCGAUAACCAGAAUGUAAAGACGCACAGAAGCCACCUGCAGCCGCUGCUCAGGCUGAAUGCAGCGGACAAGGAGAAGUACCGGAAACUAAGUGAACAAAGACAGAUGCUGCUGUACUCUCAGGAGGUGGAUGAAAACUGCACAGCGAACGAAGAGGAUCUGUUCAUUUUGUUCUUCAUGGAGCUGAACAACCGGAUCUUCCAGACCCUGUGUGAGGUGGCGGGCAGUGCUGAUCCCACCAUCACUGCUGACCACAUGAGGGCCAUGGGGCUGGACCCCCAGGGGGACCGCUCCUUCCUGGAGGACCUGCUGGAGGUUUACGGCAUCGACGUCACGCUGCUCAUUGACAACCUCUGCUGCUCCUAAACCCCCACCAGCAGCAGCCCCCCCACACAGAGCAACACACUGGAAAUGGAAACACUGCCCCCAUCUGGGGGUUUUCAUCUGUUCACCUUUGGGUUUAUGAGCCGCCCCACUGUGGGUGACCUGGACACUCAGUGUGGGGUGAUGAUUGUUGGAUCCUUCUGAAACUCUCAGUCGCA